CACGGCUGCAAGCUCAUCCUCGCCGAGUCCCUCUCCAGGGAUGGCACCAACCAAGUCGACACCUUCCUAAAGCAGCACGGAGGGGCCGGGAUCCAGCACGUUGGCCUCCGCACCACUGAUAUUGUUGCGACAACAAGGACUUUGCAGCAGCGGGGUGUGCGGUUCUUCACACCCCCAGUCACGUACUACACCCAGGAUGGCAAAGCAGAGGAGAUCCAGGGGGCCGGGCAGGACCCCCACAUGCUGGCAGAGCUGGGCAUCCUGCUGGACACCACAGCAUCCAGGGACAAGGGCACUGCUGCUGCAGAGAGCCCUUCCCAGGAGUAUUUGAUGCAGAUCUUCACCCAUCCCAUCUUCUCUGAAGAGACUUUCUUUCUGGAGCUCAUUGACCGUCGGGGAGCGUCAGGCUUUGGGGAGGGCAAUAUCCGGGCACUGUGGAAAGCUGUGCAGAUCUAUAUGGACCAGCAGCAGUAG